AUGGCGGGAGUCUCGUUGAAGUGCGGGGAUUGCGGCGCCCUGUUGAAGUCCGUGCAGGAAGCUCAGGAGCACGCCGAGCUGACCUCUCACUCCAAUUUCUCGGAGUCGAAGGAGGCCGUCCUUAACCUCGUCUGCUCUGCUUGUGGAAAGCCCUGCCGAUCGAAAACAGAAACGGAUUUGCACACAAAGAGAACUGGUCAUACAGAGUUUGUGGAUAAGACAGAGGAGGCUACAAAGCCUAUAAGUUUAGAAGCACCAAAGGCUGCAAUGGAUGUGGAUGAGCCUACUAGCAGUAGCGGUCAGCCUGAAGAAAUGGUUGCUCCAAAAGUUGACGCAAAGCUGCUUGCAGAACUGGAAGGAAUGGGUUUCCCAAAGGCACGGGCCACCAGGGCACUUCAUUUUUCUGGUAAUACCAGUCUUGAGGCUGCUGUGAAUUGGGUAGUUGAGCAUGAGAAAGACCUGGAUGUAGAUGAAAUGCCCCUGGUGCCAGCCAACACCAAGGUUGAGGCUCCAAAGGCUGCUCUUACACCAGAAGAAGUGAAACAAAAAGCAGCAGAACUGAGGGAGCGUGCCCGUAAGAAGAAAGAGGAGGAAGAAAGGAGAAUGGAAAGAGAAAGAGAAAAGGAGAGGAUUCGAGUUGGCAAGGAGCUACUGGAGGCCAAACGAAUUGAAGAAGACAAUGAAAGAAAACGUAUUAUGGCCCUGCGGAAGGCUGAGAAAGAAGAAGAGAGGCGAGCCAGGGAAAAGAUUCGUCAGAAGCUGGAGGAAGACAAGGCUGAAAGAAGAAGGAAGCUUGGUUUGCCCCCGGAAGAUCCUGCUACUGCAAAACCAGUAGCCCCUCCAGUGCCUGUUGAAGAAAAAAAAAGCUCAUUGCCUAUCCGGCCAGCCACAAAAGCAGAACAAAUGAGGGAAUGUCUGAGAUCCCUUAAGCAAGCUCACAAGGAUGAUGAUGCUAAAGUGAAGAGAGCUUUCCAAACUCUCUUAACUUGCAUUGGAAAUGUAGCUAAAACGCCAAGUGAGGAGAAGUUCAGAAAAAUUAGACUCAGUAACCAAACCUUCCAGGAUAGAGUUGGUUCCCUGCAAGGAGGGGUCCAGUUCUUGGAGUUAUGCGGGUUUGAGAAAAUCGAAGCUGGUGAGUUCCUUUUCCUGCCCAGGGGGAAGGUUGACGUGUCUGUGCUGAACUCAGCAGGUUCAGAGUUGAACUCCGCCAUAAACAAUCCCUUCUUUGGAGUUCUUUAG